AGUUUGCGCGUGACGUCAUCUGUCUUUGUCCAGCUGCAGCUUCAGCUAACGAUGCAGAAAUGAAUCCCGAGCAACACACAAUGGUGUCUUAGUGAGAUUUUAGACAGCGAUUGCGUACAAACUCUGCAGCGUGUGUGAAGAUGUGCGAUUUGAGCUCGGCGCUUAUUAAAGAGGGCUGGUACCUUACAGAUGAAGGAAUCGAGGAGUGUAAGAGUUCUUCAGAGAAGGAGAAAACAUCACCAACUGACAUCAUACAAGUAGCACUAAACAAUGAUCUGAGACCUAUCGGAAAGAGCUUUCUCCCAGCUGACAUCAACAGCGGACGAAUAGAAAAGUUGGAGGGCCCAUGUGUCCUUCAGGUGCAGAAGAUUCGUAAUGUCGCCGCAUCUAAAGACCACGAGGAGUCGCAGGCGGCGCCCAGAAUGCUGCGUGUGCAGAUGACGGACGGACACACCGCAUGCACAGGCCUAGAGUUCAAACAACUGUCCAAAAUCAGUCUGAACACGCCGCCUGGAACCAAAGUGAAGCUCCUGGGAGUUGUUCAGGUGAGAAAUGGCAUCCUGCUAUUGGACGAUUCCAAGAUCGCCGUUCUCGGAGGGGAAGUGGAUCACAUGAUCGAGAAAUGGGAGUUUCAGAGGAGCCUCACCAAACACGGCCGGAGAAACAUUGGAGCUGAAGGUGGACCUCCUCCGUUUGUUCCCUUCGGACAGAAAUGUGUUCAUAAGGAGCAGGUGGACAGCAGAGCUCUGGAUCAGAGGAAGACUCUUCAGAGCACGAACGCCGUCAAAUCAGCAGAUGACAACGAUGAGUUUGAGAAACAGAGAACCGCUGCUAUUGCUGAGGUGGCCAAGAGUAAAGAGACGCGUACGUUCGGCGGUGGAGGAAAUGCAGGAGGAAACCUCGCAAAUCCAGCAUCCUCCUAUAAGAGCCGAGACACGUAUCAAAGGAAGAGAGAGGAGAGAGAAAAACCCUGGACGGAAAACAAGUCAGACGGAGUUUACAGAGAUCUGGUUGAUGAGCGAGCUUUGAGGGACAUCAUGGAGAUGGGCUUUAACCGAGAGGCGGCCAGACAGGCUCUGCUAGAUAACAAUAAUAACCUUGAAGUGGCCCUUAACCUCUUGCUAACCAGAGCAAACCAGCCCAGAGCGGCCCCAGUGGAGCAGAGCCGCCCGCCACCCCGAGGAAAGGGUCGAGGAAAGGGACGCUCCAGACAAGAUGAGGAUGAGGAAGCAGGAGGAAGACCGUCUGGACCCAGCACACUGUUUGACUUCCUGGAGUCCAAAAUGGGCACGUUCUCCAUUGAUGACUCAAAGCCUUCACAACAAGACCACCAAACCAAGAUGAACUUCUCUAAUUCUGAUCAAAUGCCCAGAGAUGCAGGACAGUUUAAACCUCCUCCCCGAAACGAUGGAAGGUCACAGAGAAACGACAGACCUCCACGUUUCCAGAAGGACGGAGACUUUCCCAAACCCACCCCAGCCUCAUCCAGCUUCUCCCAGCCUCAGAAAUGGAGGGACGGAGAGCGAACGGGACGAGGAGGAGGAGGAGGAGGAGGAGGAGGACCAGAGCGAUGGAAAAACGAGAGUCAGGAUGCUAGAAAUGCACCGUUAUCAUACAACUCCAGCUUCUCCAAGUCCAGAGAGCAGCAGGGUGCGUCUGGAAAGGAGCUUAAUAAGGAGCAGGAUGGCACAGGACCUGCUUCAUUUAGGAAAAACCAAUCAAAUGGACCUGCGCCACCCAAAUUCUCAACCCCUGCUGAUCCCAAAAUGAGAAAUGAGCCGAACAACAGAAGGAAAGGCAAGCCGGAAAGGCCCAAUUCAGGCUACUUCGAGCACUCCCAGGAUGCAUUGGGAAAAAAAGACUUUCAGGAUGAAGGUCAGUUUGUUAAAGUGAGCGGAGUUUCAAACGCACAGCUUCCUAAUGGGGAUUUAGAACACAGACGGACUGGUCCAAUCAAACCACAGUUUUCAGCCCCGCCUCCAAGGCAAACAAAUAUGCAUAACCCCGCCCCCAAGAGGAGAUCUGGCCCAAUCAAAGGUCCGAGAGACUCGGUGGACUUAAAUAAUUAUAUGAACUGGAAAGCGGGUGAUCAGUGUCUGGCGCUUUACUGGGAAGACAAUAAGUUUUACCGGGCAAGAAUCGACGCUGUCCACCCCUCGGGCUCCACAGCUGUGGUCGUUUUCAGCGACUACGGAAAUUGCGAAGAAGUUCUGCUUGACAGCAUCAAACCUCUGCACAUGGAUGUAUGGGAUGAUGAAGACGUUUACUAUGAAAAUUCUCUUGAGUUUCGAAGAGGAGGAGAUGGACAACCUCGACGCUCUCGACCGACACAACAAUAUUACCAACCUCCUCGUGCAAGAGACUGAGACACACACACACAUACACACACACACACACACAAACCUUUUCCUAGCAUUUGAUUUGCUCAAGAAAAAAAAACAACUAAUGCUCUUCUGGUAAACAAAAACACACUUAUGUCAGGACUAGCGCAGGUUUACGGCUGUUACUUAAGGCCCUUUUAGCAUCGUGUAGACUCUGUAGAACAAUAUAAAUGCAACAUGAUGUUCUCUCCCUAUGCAGGUAAUUAUCAUCUCGUUAUCCACAAGUAAACGACUCUAAUUGGAGAAAAUGACAUGCGGUUUGUAUCAUUAUUAACGAUUGAAUAUAUGGGAAAUGCUGACAGCGUGAAUGUUUCCUCCCAGAAGUAAUUGUUUUGAAUUGUGACAUUAUUUUCAUGGAAAUGAAGCCCUAAUUAUUAUUAUUACAGUUACAAUAGAAUUAAAUAUAAAUUUUUUUUUGGUUUAUAUUGAUUCAAUCACAGUAUUUUUCAUAAUUUGAUACAUGAUUGACCAUAUUUUUCAUAUUAAAAAUACAGAAAAUAUGGUCAUACUUUAAGUUCCAGUUAUUAAUGUAUUUACUAACAUUACAGUACUUAAUUUUUGUUAAUAUAAACUUAGUUAAACUCAUAAUGGAUUUUCAUAAUGCAUUGGUAAAUGUUGAACUAUGAUUAAUAAAUGCUCUACAAGUAUUGUUCAUUAUUAGCCCAUGUUAGUAAAUACAUUAACAUUAAUGAAACUAACAAUAAUCAAAGUGUGACCAAAAAUAUUUGGAAAAUACUUUACAAUUCUAAUAAUUCAGAGGAUCCUUAAAGGAACAAAUCACUUAAUAAAAAAUAGGCUAAUUUUACAGCUCUCCUAGAGUGAGUUUUACUAUUUUUAAUCCAUUCAGCCAAUCUCUGGGUCUUGCGGGAGCUUUUUAGCUUAGCUUAGCAUAAAUCAUUGAAUCGGAUUAGACCAUUAGCAUCUCACUUUUAAAAAUCCAUUUAAAGUUUAACUAUUGUGUACCAAGUCCAACAAUAAAAGAAAAUUUGCUAUUUUUUGGCGGGUAUUUACCUUUGGUGCUGAUCAUGAAUCGUAUCUAUUUGAACCAGAAUACUUGGAAGUUAGCCGAUUUUUAGAUGCUUUGUAAAUAUCAUUGCAUUGCUGCAGUCAUGGUACAGCACCAAAGUUCCUUGAUUAUUACGCCAGAAUGAGAGUAUAGUUCCUAGCAUAUCAAUCUAGAAAAUAGUCUCAUUUUCUCAAUCUUAGUGCACUGAAAAAAACAUUUAUUGGAUUUACUAUGUUUUUAAGGUAAGUGGUUGCAAACAAUUCAUAUGGGCUGAAUUUAAACAAAUUAAAUGUAGUAAUGUUCAACUUAAUUUGUGUUUAAAUUCAACCCAUAUGUACCAUUUACCUUAAAAAAAAAAGUACACAAUGUAACUACAGAAGAUCUCAGCUUUAAAUAGGAAUAUUAUCAAAACUCUGAGUAUUUUUUCAAGCAAGAUGCUAAUGGUCUAAUCUGAUUCAAUGAUUUAUGCUAAGCUAAGCUAAAAGUGAGCCAGAGAUCAAUUGAAUGCAUUAAAUAAUGGUAAAGCUGCACAGUUUAACUCUAGAGGAGCUGUAAAAUAAGCCUAUUUGCAAAAGAAAAAGUGUUUCUUUAAAAAAACCCAGCUUGAAUCUGUUUUUAAUGCGUAAUUUUGGGACUUUUUUUGUUUGUUUUGGGGCUGUCGUGAGACUCACUCAAUGGGCAUUUGCACAAAUGGUUUCACAUCUGUAAUGACAUUGAUUUGGUUUCAUGCUCGGGUUAACCUGUGUGAGGUUAUCACUCGCUUCGUGCGCUGUAAAAAGGAAACAACAAGCCGUAACCGGUUGUUUGUUGUCAGACUCACCAUCUGAUCUCUAGCAAAAGAGAUGAAAGAACAACAUAUCUGCAGUGUGUGAUCUGUGUGUGUCUGCAUGGGAGACGGUUCGUAAGGGCUCGCAGCACAUCAGUCAACCUGGACUCUCCAAAACAGCUGCUGGACACGGUCACUGUCUGUAAAGGACUUGAUUUAAAUGAUUAUAAAAGUGCUAUGCUCUUUUCUUCAA